UAGGAGUAUAAAUUAUGUACUUCUCAGUUUGCCAUCAUUAUAUUCCUAACCUCUAUCAGCUAUUGAUUGGAGAUUGAAGGUUUCUGACCUUGUUGGAAUCAGCACCGAGGCGCCUCAGUUGUAUCUGUGCCCAGGUAUUAUAAUGGCAGUUGGCGGUCAGAAAAAAGUUACUAAAGGAGGAAAGAAAGGAGGGAAGAAGAAAACGUCCGACCCAUUCACCAAAAAGGAGUGGUAUGACAUUAAAGCUCCAGCUAUGUUUUCCAAGAGGACUUGUGCACGAACACUAGUGACACGAACUCAAGGCACACGUAUAGCCAGUGAAGCACUUAAAGGUCGUGUAGUUACGCUUAGUCUCGGAGAUCUCAGCGAGAAAAAUGAAGAAUACUUCCGCAAGUUUAAACUUCAGGUUGAAGACGUACAGGGACGUCACUGCCUAACAAAUUUUCACGGACUGGAACUUACUAGAGACAAGUUGUGUUCAGUUGUUGUUAAGUGGCGUUCAACAAUCGAAGCACAUGUUGAUGUGAAAACAACAGACGGAUACUUACUCCGUUUCUUCAUUAUCACGUUCACUCCAAGUGUGCCUCGGUCCGAAAGACUCCAUUCUUACGCGCAGAGCACACGUAUCAGACGAAUACGUGCACGUCUUAUUGACAUUAUUCAACAGGAAGUUUCUACCUGCGAUUUGAAAGAAGUCGUCAAUAAGCUUAUCCCAGACUCCAUUGCUCAAGAUGCACGAAAAGCUGCAUCGUGGAUACAUCCACUUGGUGAGACAUUUAUUCGCAAGGUCAAGGUGCUUAAAAAACCGAAAGCUGACCUUGCUCGGUUGAUGGAGCUUCAUGGCGAGUCUAAAUCAGCCGCUCCUGGGGAAACUGUUUCUCGCCCAGAUCACUAUGAACCUCCAAAAGUUGAUUCAGUCUACUGGAUAUGUUAUCGUGAUCAUUCUAAUUCCAGCUCGUCUUAUAGACUGUUCCUGAUUAGGUCCUGUCCUGUGUAUCUGAUUGCUAUGUUAGCGCACAUAUCUAGUAGUUGUCACAUCGAUGAUAUAGUAACUAUGUACCGAUCGGUUUCGCAAUUACGCAGUAAUUUGCUCUAAUGUUUUAUGGAAAAUGUGUUAUCAUUGAACUUCCCUGAGGGUAGACAAGGUUCAGGGGUCAGUCACGCAUCAGUUCUUGAAAUAUUGCCAAUCUCACUUUUGCAGUUCUCUUAGUGCUGUACAGUGUUAUACUGUGUUGGUCACAAUUCUUGGUAGUUUUUUUUUAGAUAUUACUUUAGUGACUAAGUUCCACUAGAUGCUAUGUUUAACAGCCAAUACGAAAAACCCGGCUCGUGAGAGGCAAGUACGGCUCUAGGUGAGUAACAGAAUAAACGGUUUGGUUCUUAAAAUCUCUGCUUCACACAUUGUUUAAGCUGCUUUGUACUCGCUUUGGAAUCUUAAGGAUACCCAUUGUUCUUUUUUCUACACACUUUCAAAUUUUAAGAUUUUUAAUAAGAUUCUUUGUUCGUGAUAUUCUCAGAUUUGCACUUUUUGCACUGUCGAUUGUUUUGGAAGGUAAUGCAGUUCCUACUUCGACUUGAAUUCUCCAAGUUACAGCAUGAUGUACACUUGCGUUACUGGCUAUCGUUUAUAUUGACCAGUAGUAGCAUCGCAUUAGCUGAAAAUAUCAAAUGGUCUUCCACGGAGUCAAAAAUUAGAAAUUACUGCAUUUGCUGAUUUCUCGUGGUAAAUUACGGAAAAUAUGUGUUCAUCCUACGUCAUUUUUGUGUAAAUUAUAUAGGACUUCUUGUAGUUGGGGUGUGCUUCAACAUGCGUGGUAGCUUCGAAUCAGAAAGCGAAUUCCGUAUCUCAUUUUUUUGAAGGUUCCAUGACGUAAUCAUGUCAUAGUGUGGUUUUCCGCAUCGCAUUGCUGUUUGACAAGUCAGUCAGCUACAACAUAGGACCAAUCACACGUAUGCAUCGGUCCAGUUUGCCAUUCCUUAUUAGCACAAGAUGAACACCAAAUUCAUAGUAGUUAAUUUAGUGAUGGUAACAUAAAAGAAAGGUUACAUAUAAGGAUAUAGUACAGAAAGAAAGACAGAUUUGAGGCCAUUUCAAUCUCAAUGUUUAGAGAAAGAUAAAGAGUUUAUUUAUUUAUUUAUUUGAACAC